AUGGGUCCCUUACCAUCUCUUUUCACCUCCGAAUCGAACGAUUCCUUCAAGAAGUCGUCUGUGGCUACCCUUGGGGAAUUCGUUGGGACCUUCAUGUUCCUCUUCCUCUCUUAUGCAGGAUGUCAAAUUGCCAAUAUGUCCGUGGAUCCCCAGAACGCUGGACCUGAACCUAACCCUACCGUUUUGAUAUACAUAUCACUUUCCUUUGCUACCGCCCUUGCAAUCAAUGUUUGGGUAUUCUACAGGAUCACAGGAGGGAUGUUUAACCCCGCGGUAUCCCUGGCCCUCGCCUUAGUCGGAGCUAUCAGCCCUAUCCGAGCAGUAAUGGUAUCUGUUGCCCAGGUUGUUGCUGGAAUUGCUGCUGCCGGGGUGGUCUCCGCGUUAUUCCCUGGACCACUGGUUGUUCAAACUAAGCUCAGUGGUGGGACAACAGUCGCCCAGGGGCUGUUCAUCGAGAUGUUCCUAACCGCGGAGCUCAUAAUCACGAUCCUCAUGCUAGCUGUUGUCAAACACCGUGCGACCUUCCUUGCGCCGCUGGGUAUUGGUUUGGCUCUUUUCAUAGCACAGCUUACCGGUGUCUACUUCACUGGCGGAUCUCUCAACCCUGCCCGUUCCUUCGGCCCAGAUGUUAUUGUAGGAGGAUUCCCUGGAUACCACUGGAUUUACUGGGUCGGCCCCUUGCUUGGCUCUUUGCUAGCAACUGGCUUUUAUCAGGCUCUCAAUUAUCUGCGCUAUCAGAACGUCAACCCUGGACAGGAUUUUGACGGUAUUGGAUCAGAACUCAUGGGAAAUCCUGAACAUACCGAGUAA